AUGACAACAAGAUCCCGGCGAAAAGUGGCAACUAUGGAGAACAACUUCAAAAGAUGGACAGAGCAACUCGAUCCACCAGACUGGAGGUUCUGGAUUCUCGAAAAAUUCAGCUUGAGACUUAUUGAGGGUUUCCUUCGCUGGUACCUCAAUACACAUAAUGUUGUGCGAAAGUCGGCUUUCCAAACCCUGGCGAGGUACUUCUCCAUGUUUUGUAAUCAAGAGAGGAGCCAGGAGGCGCCUUAUGAAUUCAAGCAGAAGCUCAAAAGACUCGUGAAUGGCACGCUGUCGGAUCAAUACGAGAUUGAACUAAGCGCGCACGAGCAACCUCCGUUCAACAUCGAUGAUCUCUUGUUUACAACGUAUCAUCUGCUUGUUUGGUGCCCCAUUACCUUUCCGACUGUGCGAAGUAUUUUUCAAUUAAAUACGCUCAGAAAAAUGAUGACUUCAACAAGUGCCCGACCCGGAACCUUGAUCGAAUCGUCGGGAUAUCUCCAUGAAAACGACGCUCUGAAAUGGAAAGAUAUUGAGCUCUUCAUGGUGAAACACCCCGAAAAUCCCACCUCCCAGAUGCUUCUUAUGAGGGUGAGGCAUAGGUUGAACAAGGGUCGAAGGAACGAAGGAGUGCCACCUGUCUACACAUAUACAGAACGGAACGACAACUUGGGACUUUGUGUCAUUCAGGACAUACUUAUGUAUGCUUUUCUCGAUAAUGCCUUCGACAGCCAACACAUCAAAUGCCCUCGAGAUAUCUGGCGCCUCACCGUUAUACCGGAACACCGCCUCAACACCCCCAUCAAUUUCAAGGAAAGUGUCAAGGAAACUCCUAUCUUGCGAGGCGCUAGUCGGAACCAGGCCGGUCUUCUUGUCACGGAUCCUCAGCGUGCCCUUCAAUAUAAUCAAGCGCGACAGUGGGAGGCAGCGGCUAGGCAUCUCGAUGAACAUUCGCGGAAUCGCAUUAUGGGCCAUACCCAAGGCAAAACAUUUGCCAAUUACAUCUCAGUGAUGGAUGACACUCAAUCUAUUUUUAUGGAGACUCCCGCUAGAAAGUCUCUACUUAGCCUUGCCACCCACGCAAGCAUAACGCGGGAUCCUUCCGCGCCGCAAUGCCCUUCCCCUGCGCAGAAAGACUCGGUCGAAUUGGACACCAAAACGAUUGAAUGGAAAAACGAAUGCAAGACACUUCGGACGGAUCUCAUCAUCGAGUACGGGCAGUUGAAAACGGCUAAAGAGUCAGGCGACAAGCGCUCCGGUGAAUUGCAAAAGCUUCAAAACAAAAUCAAGUCAAGGAGAAAGAAACUCUGUGAUUCCGCAAAGAGUAAUGCUCGUGCCGAUUUCUUUCGACAGGUCGGCAAUCGCAUUAUUGAGAGCAACCACUUAGGGGAGCAAAUCAAAUUUACCUCUGAUACCGGCCGAAUACAGCCAGAGAGAAUUACUCUCGCCAAUCUUGAAUUUCAGAACAGAGAUGCUGACAAGAUUGAUGAUGAUGAGUUGACUCAAAACCGAAUUCGGUCUCUGGAACUACGGUUAGAACUCCACAGGCUUCAUGUGCCUAGUGGUCUGAAAGCGCACAUUCGGUUCAAUGAAACCACCUCAAAGGUCACUUCUCGCAAGGAAUCAGAAGAUAUAAAGCCUAAGCAGAUUCUGCAAUGCCCGGUAUGUUUAGGGCGUGCAGAACUUCACCCAGCAGCAAGAGAGUUCUGCUAUGCUCGAAAGGAUGCGCUCCAGCGGCAUUUCAAGACCCAUGAAUUACCCAUGUUCUUCGACAAACCUGGUCGCGUAUGUGAUAUUCCUGGCUGUAUUUACUUUUCUGUUUCUCUUCCUGGUUAUCAGUCCCAUCUAGCCCAGUGCCAUAGCAUCUUUCUUUGA